AGUCUAUUUCGUAAGUUUCCCCAUGAAGUACUAUCAGAGAUUAUCUUGUUUUGAUGGACCCAACUAGGACGGGUUGCUGCGAUGCUCGUGGCUGCGAAAAUCCUUCGGCAGCUAGGUGACGAUCACCUCGCUCACACGCCCAAGUCCUUGGUCUAUGCAAACUCGAGUCCCCAUGGCUUCCUCGCUCAAAUGUCCUUUGACGAGACUCUCAAGUCCUGUGCCUUCCUGCCGGACUACUUCGACAAGUAUCCCGGGGAGCCCCAAGGACCAGUUGGCUGCCCGUAUUCCUUCGCCGAAGGUCAUCCUGAAAAGUCUUGCUGGGAUGUCAUGAACCAGGACUCUGAGCGCAUGCGGGUUUUCAUGCAGGCUAUGAAGACAAUUGAGUCCCAGAUGCCUGCUACAGGCAUGUACGACUUUGACUGGGUCAAAGGUGAACUGGCGAAACAAACUGAGAGGAUGCUCUUUGUCGAUGUCGGUGGGAGUAAAGGUCACUCUUUACAGGCAGUUUGUGAGGCGAACAGCUGGCUGCCAAGGGAGAGGUGCAUGCUUCAGGACAGAGAUGAAGUCAUUGAAGAGGUGAAGUUGUCGGACAGUCCUGGACUCCGGGGAGUCAAGAUGAUGGGUCACGACUUCAAUCUUGAGCAACCCGUCAAAGGCGCACUGAUCUAUCACCUCCGUCGCUGUCUCCACGACUACGGUGACGAAAUCGGCAUCAAGAUCAUUCGCAACAUAGCUGGCGCCAUGAGCCCUGACAGCCGCUUGCUCAUCGUGGAGCAAGUGGUUGCUGUUCCACCGUCACCAAUGGAUACACACUUUGACUUCCUCAUGCUGACCUUUGGAGGCAAGGAGCGGAAUGCGAAACAGUUUGAGAAUAUGGUUAAAGAGGCCGGACUGAAGAUUCUGAAGGUUCACAAGAAGCCGAACACGCCCAUUUCUGUGAUGGAGUGCGCGAAGGAAUAAGUGGCUUAGUCUGUUCAUCGUCAAGUUUCGAGGCUUCAUCUUCAACACGCCUAGCAUCUUAUUCCACAUGAGAUACAAAGAAAUUGAAUAGUUUGGUUUUCCCAAGAUUCGCUGCAGGUAGCUGAAUGC